GCCGCGCCGGGGGCCGCUGCGCUGCCGCCCCGCUGCUCCGCCGCCGGCCGGGCAUGAGUUAGUCGCAGACAUGGACACCAAACAUUUCCUGCCGCUCGACUUCUCCACCCAGGUGAACUCUUCAUCCCUCAACUCUCCAACAGGUCGAGGCUCCAUGGCUGCCCCGUCGCUGCACCCAUCCCUGGGUCCAGGAAUCGGCUCUCCACUGGGAUCCCCUGGGCAGCUGCACUCGCCUAUCAGCACCCUGAGCUCUCCCAUCAAUGGCAUGGGCCCGCCCUUCUCUGUCAUCAGCUCCCCCAUGGGCCCGCACUCCAUGUCGGUACCCACCACCCCCACACUGGGCUUCGGGACUGGUAGUCCCCAGCUCAACUCACCCAUGAACCCCGUGAGUAGCAGUGAGGAUAUCAAACCCCCGCUGGGCCUCAAUGGCGUCCUCAAAGUUCCUGCCCAUCCCUCAGGAAAUAUGGCAUCCUUCACCAAGCACAUCUGUGCUAUCUGUGGAGACCGCUCCUCAGGCAAACACUAUGGGGUAUACAGUUGUGAGGGCUGCAAGGGCUUUUUCAAGAGGACAGUACGCAAAGACCUGACCUACACCUGCCGUGACAACAAGGACUGCCUGAUCGACAAGAGGCAGCGGAACCGGUGUCAGUACUGCCGAUACCAGAAGUGCCUGGCCAUGGGCAUGAAGCGGGAAGCUGUGCAGGAGGAACGGCAGCGAGGCAAGGACCGGAAUGAGAGCGAGGUGGAGUCCACCAGCAGUGCCAAUGAGGACAUGCCUGUAGAGAAGAUUCUGGAAGCCGAGCUUGCUGUUGAGCCCAAGACUGAGACAUAUGUGGAGGCAAACAUGGGGCUGAACCCCAGUUCACCAAAUGACCCCGUCACCAACAUCUGUCAGGCAGCAGACAAGCAGCUCUUCACUCUUGUGGAGUGGGCCAAGAGGAUCCCGCACUUCUCUGAGCUGCCCCUGGAUGACCAGGUCAUCCUGCUUCGGGCGGGCUGGAACGAGCUGCUCAUUGCCUCCUUCUCCCACCGCUCCAUAGCUGUGAAAGACGGGAUCCUUCUUGCCACUGGCCUGCAUGUACACCGGAACAGCGCUCACAGUGCUGGGGUGGGCGCCAUCUUUGACAGGGUGCUAACGGAGCUGGUGUCUAAGAUGCGUGACAUGCAGAUGGACAAGACGGAGCUGGGCUGCCUGCGUGCCAUUGUCCUCUUCAACCCUGACUCCAAGGGUCUCUCAAACCCUGCUGAGGUGGAGGCGCUGAGGGAGAAGGUAUACGCAUCGCUAGAGGCAUACUGCAAACACAAGUAUCCAGAGCAGCCCGGCAGGUUCGCCAAGCUGCUGCUUCGCCUGCCUGCGCUGCGUUCCAUUGGGCUCAAGUGCCUGGAGCACCUGUUCUUCUUCAAGCUCAUCGGGGACACGCCCAUCGACACCUUCCUCAUGGAGAUGCUGGAGGCCCCACAUCAAGCCACCUAGGCCCCUGCCACCCAUGCGCCAGUCCCGCGCCCUGCCUUGACGCAGCUGCUCAGCUCCAGCCCUGUCCCUGCCCUUUCUGAUGGCCCAUGUGGAUCUUUGGGGUUCAGUGUCCCUUGGUCCCAAAAGAUGCGUUAUCACCCUCGUCAUCUUUAUUACUGCUUGCCUCUGGCCCAGGGCCACGGCAAGAGCUGGUGUGAGACCCAGCCAGACUCCUUCCCCACAUCAGCUCUUAGGCUACACUGCUGUCACCCUGAGGGGCUUGGGGUACUUCAUGGGGUCUUCAGCACCUGAAGCUGCAAGAGCUAGGAGAAGGGCUUGUCUGGUUGCUGUUUGCUGUCGCUGGUUCUCGACAUGCCUGUGUGGCACCUCUGUUUGGAGCGCCCCAUCUUUGCCUGUUCAGAGUCCUGGUUACCCAGCUAGGGUGGGAAUCCACCCAGAGUCAAGAGGGAACAGGUAGGGGCAGGUCUUAUCCUCCUGGGGCAUAGCUAACCUGUAAAACCUGUUUCCAAAGAUACCCUGAGAUAUCACCCCAGCCACUGUGCAGGAUUCUGGGACCACCUCAAGGCUGUGUGGGCUAGAGGUCCUCUGUCAUGUCCCUCAGUUCCUUUUUGUGUCAUUGUUCCCAACUAUAUGUCUCACCAACCCAGGGUUAGCUGAUGGUAGUGGCCUGGCUUUUCCCUAUCCCAAAUCUUAUUUUGUGGUCUGCAAGAUGGCACCUAGGAUCAUCCUGGAGGGCUGCCCCUGGCUCAUGUAGAAUGGGGUUUCCUGUGGGAAGCACAUGGGCUGUCCUUUUGCUGGCCUCUUGUAGGACACUGGACAUCCUGAGGCUCAGGGAAGGGAGGAGAGCUGUUGUCUGGAUUCUGAACAGGGGUCCUGAACAGGGGAUGAACCAUGCAGAUGUGACAGGUGACUGUGUCCUGGUGUGGCUAACUCUCCAGGCUUUGUGCGGGCCCCUUCUUGGACUGGUCGCUUCUGUUAGGAAUGCUGACGGGCCUUUCUGGGACUCCCCUUGGUAUGGUGUUGUCUGUGGACAGUGUAUGUCCAGAAUCUUACCCAAGGGCUCUGUCACACCCGCUCGGGUGGCAGGCUAUGGACUUGGGCUUCAGCCCUGUCUUGUGUAGCUCUGAGUGUGGCUCUCCAGUUGAGCAGUCUUGUUUGCACUGUAGGGCUUUCCUGGGUCCUAUGAUCUAGUCUCAGACCCAGGGGCCCAGGUUUGUCAGGAGCAGGUGCCUUAGUGGGUAUGGCCGUACUGCCUCCCCAACUUCUCCCACUGAUGCACAGCGGUAGGGGAGAAAGGCCCUCAUGGACCUCAAGGACCACCUAGGGCACUGGGCCUGGAGGUAGUGGAUGGGAGGAGCCAGUUUCCUGGGCUUUAUGGGGAAGGGCACAUUUAUUUUCCACCUUUUCAAAGUUCUAAACCGUAGCUAGCUGAGGCACCUAUAAAAGAUUCCAGAAACAUCUUCCCUGUGCUCCUUCUCUCCAUGUGGUGGCAUGGGAGAUGUGCUUGGUUAGCCGCACAGUUCCCACAGUCUGCCUGCCCCUUCUCCCAGGCUUUCCUAGAAAAUCUGUCCAUCUCUUGGGGCUGGUAGUGCCAGGCAGAGCAGCAGAUUCCCCAGUCCAUACCCAGCACUGUGCCUUCUACAGACCUCUGCUCCCACUGUUCAUGCUGGCCCUGUUUUACGCUGUGCUCUGUGGUCCUCUGAGCUGCUGAGGACCAUUGGUGGCUCCAGCAGAGAAAGUCCUGGGGCUGACCCUCUGGAAUGCUGCCAUGUCUGGGCUUGGCUGGCUGGCAGGCACUGGGGCCUUGGCCCCUAGCCCCGCUGGCCCACAUACACAUAGCCUCACCUGCCACUGCUUGUCACUGUAGAUUCCCUGGUGAGCUUCCUGUCCCUUUGGCCUCAUUGUCACCAUUGUUCUCGAUGGAAGUGUGGGCAUGGUGUCACUAAGGAGAGAAUUGGGCGUUGUUUAACCAGACCUUCAGUCGUGUUACCAAUCUGGCUCAAUUAAGGUGAUUGUAAUUAUUAUUGCUAUUAUUAUUUUGGUGGGACAAUCUUUAAUUUUCUAAAGAUAGCACUAACACCAGCUCAUUAGCCAUCCUGUGCACACACCCACCUUAGCCUGGUUGGAUAAAAGCUGCCACCAAUGGUCAUAUGACUUCCACAACUGCUGCUUCUGGGCCAUAUUCUUCAUCUCUGUCACCUCCCUGCUUGGAGAUUCAUUUGGGGCUCUCCUGUGGCUGAGAAGUGAAGAUGACCACAGGGCCCGUGGCAGCUGCUGGCCCGUGUCACCCUGAAACAACAGUCACUGGGGGAAUUUGGUCCCACCCCCACCCCCCAGUUUUCCAAAUUACAGCAUCCCCAAGGAUACUGGGCAGCUUGGUGACAGUGCCAAGGGACACCCAAGCUUCCUCAUGUGGGAUCCCAGGGGACCUGGCCAAAGCAGGCAACCAUGGCUAAUCAUCGCCGUCCCCAUCACAGAAUGGGGGCGUACCAUCUGGUCCCCGUACACGAGUGUGGUGUGAACGUGCAUGUGCUGGACGGACGCUGCGCAGAGGCUGCACGCCAGCGACGGGAGAUGCGGCCCAGUUACCGAUGUUCUGUGUUCUUUUUAAUCAAGACUUUCCCAUUUUCCUGUAUAUUUGCUUCUUGUGAGCAAGGACCUGAGAUCCCUUCUGUGGGGAAGUCGGGCUCUGGUGACUCUGGAGGCAGGAGAUGCAUCUAUUUUCAGAUGCUGCAGGGCUGGAGUGCCCUGAUCUCUAGCCAUGCCUUAGCUGGGAUGCGCGGCCGCUGUGGGGAGGAUGCCGCGGCCGCAGGGAGUAAAGAUAGAGGAAUGUUUAAUGCACCGGGAAGGGUAAAUGAAUCUAUUUUUGUACAAAUGUAAUUUUAUCCCUCAUGUAAACUGGAUGGCAUGGCGGGGGGACCUGUUUUGUUUCUGUUUUGAGUGUCAAGAAGCGUUGGCACACCCUGAUGCCGCUGAGCAGAGGAGGCCUUUCCGGGGAGGCUGAAGACUUGGGAGAACAGCACAGACAGACACUUCCUUCUGGUGGGAGGGAGGGCCGCCGCCAGCAGGGUUUCCUUCCCCUUCUUGGUGAUUUGAACAACCUUGCUCUGUCCUCGGUGCCUGCCUGCCAGCCUCGCUGCAGCUCGUCUGACUGUGAAAUGACUUCCCUGCGUAACUGCUCUCUGGGACAUUGUGGCGCAGCCGCUGGGGGUUGAUGAACAGCAGUCUCAGGAUUGUAGAAAAGAAACAAAAACGUGAGAGGAGAGACAAAUAUGAACGUUUCGAAAAUAUAUCUCCAUUCGGUUCUCA